AUCACCACCCGGUGCCCCGCCAACUCAGGUUUCUGAAUGGGAAGGACCCCCUGCUUGGGGUCAGGGCGUGGGGCCCACCGCGAGGGUCCCGGCCCCUCCACCAGAGGGCGGGGAGGAACGAGAGAGGCCGCAUCGAAGGGGUCGGGAGCACACCAGCCACGCGGUGCCGUUGCGCAAGCGGGAGAGAUUCCAAGAGGACGCGUCCAGCCGACGGCAGCCUGCACGCCACCUCGACCACUGGAGCUGCCGACAAUCUCGAGCAUGGAGCCCUCGACCGCCGAGGAUGGCCUCCGUGAGAAGCUGGUGCAGGAUGGCUACGCGGUGGUGGAGGGCUUCUUGAGUGCCGCGGAGUGCGAGGCGCUGCGCGUGCGUGCCGCCCAGCUCGUCGCCUCGGCACAGGUGCCCCCGGAGUGCCGCGUGGAGUUCACCACGGAGGAAGAUGAGCAGGUGCACGCGCAGGGAAACGCCGAUUAUUUCAUGACCAGUGGAGACAAGAUACGCUACUUCUUUGAGAAGGGCGUCUUCAGCCGGGACGGCGACUUCCUGGUGUCCAAGGAGCUCGCCAUCAACAAGAUCGGCCACGCCUUACACGCCCUGGACCCGGUGUUCAGAGAUGUCACGUUCAGCACGAAGGUGAAGGAAGUGGCACGGAAGGCCGGCCUGCAGGAGCCUGUGGUCGUGCAGAGCAUGUUCAUCUUCAAACAACCGGGGAUUGGAGGAGAAGUGACGCCGCACCAGGACGCGUCGUUCCUGCACACGGAGCCACUGGGCCGCGUGCUCGGGUUCUGGGUGGCGCUGGAGGACGCGGAUCUGGACAACGGCUGCCUCUGGUUCCUGCCCGGGUCUCACCGGCAGGGGGUGUCGCGGCGGCUGGUUCGCCGGCCCGAUGGAGAGUUCCCCCGCACGGGGUUCGAGGGCUCGGAGCCCCCCUACCCUGACGAGGGGUUCGUGGCAGUGCCCGUGAAACAGGGGGGUCUGGUUCUCAUCCACGGUGAAGUCGUCCACCGCAGCUCGGCCAAUCGGUCUCCUCGCUCGCGCCACGCCUAUACCUUCCACCUCAUGGAGGCGCGCGGCUCGCAGUGGAGCCCACGCAACUGGCUACAGCCCACGAGCGCGCUUCCCUUCCCUCGCCUCUACUGAGCCCGCGCUGCAGGCGGGCGCUCGGAAGAUCGCGUCUGCCGCUGCCCUGACGUCACCGGCCGCGACGUCUCGUCGACGAGCCCAGGAUACUCUCUCUCUCAUCAAUAAACCGAGCUGGAAC